CUAUGUGUGUUGGCAGGGGUAGAGAUGGUGGGUUUGGGCAGAUUGACAGACGGCGCUAAACUGUGGAAUUCUGUCAAAACAAACACAGCUGAUUGAAAUAAACCAUCAGACUGUGUCACGAUCGUCGGUGAGAGAUGAGGACCAAGGCGCAGCGUUGAAUGUGAACAUAUUUAUUUAGAGAAUGAUCACACGAUCAAAACAACAAAACGAUGACGUGACAGUCAAUGGUCAUACACAAACCAAAUACGAACAAGAAACCACAAAUAAUGAAUGCCUAACGGCUACCUAAGUAUGACUCCCAAUCAGAGACAACGAGCUACAGCCGUCUCCGAUUGGGAGCCACCCUGGCCAACAUAGAUAUACAACAACUAGAACAUAAACAAAUGAAAACUCACACCCUGGCUCAACAUACUAGAGUCCCCAGAGCCAGGGCGUGACAGUACCCCCCCCCUAAAGGCGCGGACUCUGACCGCGCCAACCAAAUACCACAGGGGAGGGACCGGGUGGGUACUCCGCCUUGGCGGCGGAUCCGGCUCCGGGCAUGAUCCCCACUCGCUCUCCAACCCCCCAAGGUACCCCUGGUCCGGUCUGGCCCCGCUGGCCGGAGCUGGACUGCACACUGGUGGAGCGGAUUGCUCUAGCUCCGGCGUGAAGCAUCUGACCGGUGCCGGACCAGCCACCGGUGGAACAGGCACGGGCCGUGCCGGACUGACGACGCACACCACUGGCUUGGUGUGGGGAGCAGGAGCGGGCCGAGCCGGGCUGUCGAAGCGCACCCCUGACUUGGUGCGGGGAGCAGGAACGGGCCGAGCCGGGCUGACGAAGCGCACCACUGACUUGGUGCGGGGAGCAGGAACGGGCCGAGCCGGGCUGACGAAGCGCACCACUGACUUGGUGCGGGGAGCAGGAACGGGCCGAGCCGGGCUGACGAAGCGCACCACUGACUUGGUGCGGGGAGCAGGAACGGGCCGAGCCGGGCUGACGAAGCGCACCACUGACUUGGUGCGGGGAGCAGGAACGGGCCGAGCCGGGCUGACGAAGCGCACCACUGACUUGGUGCGGGGAGCAGGAACGGGCCGAGCCGGGCAGACGAAGCGCACCACUGACUUGGUGCGGGGAGCAGGAACGGGCCGAGCCGGGCUGACGAAGCGCACCACUGACUUGGUGCGGGGAGCAGGAACGGGCCGAGCCGGGCUGAGGAAGCGCACCACUGACUUGGUGCGGGGAGCAGGAACGGGCCGAGCCGGGCUGACGAAGCGCACCACUGACUUGGUGCGGGGAGCAGGAACAGGCCGGACCGUACUGGGGACACACACCACUGGUCCUACGCCGGGAUCUGGAAUGGGCCGGACCGGACUGGUAACACACCCCAGUAUCUCUCGCCGUGCCUCUACACCUUCCACCCCCUCUUCGACCAGUGGCCCCCGUAACCUGGCGGCCUCCUCUGCCAACCCGCUGGGCCGCUCUGCCGCGGUCUCCUGCUGGCCCGUCGUCCACGGCGUUAGCCCCCCCCUAAAAAUUUUCUGGGCGUCUCUCCCCGUGGACCAGGCCUCCAUGUCUCUCGCCAGACUCUCACCCCACUGCUCCAAAGUCCAACCUCUCUCCUCUUCGCUUGGCUUGGCCCAGUCGAGACUCUUACUCCACUGCUCCCAAGUCCAUCCUCUCUCUUCUUCACGCUGCUUGGUCCUGUUAUGGUGGUUUCUUCUGUCACGAUCGUCGGUGAGAGAUGAGGACCAAGGCGCAGCGUUGAAUGUGAACAUAUUUAUUUAGAGAAUGAUCACACGAUCAAAACAACAAAACGAUGACGUGACAGUCAAUGGUCAUACACAAACCAAAUACGAACAAGAAACCACAAAUAAUGAAUUCCUAACGGCUACCUAAGUAUGACUCCCAAUCAGAGACAACGAGCUACAGCCGUCUCCGAUUGGGAGCCACCCUGGCCAACAUAGAUAUACAACAACUAGAACAUAAACAAAUGAAAACUCACACCCUGGCUCAACAUACUAGAGUCCCCAGAGCCAGGGCGUGACAGACUGUGGCUGGAGGAACUAGAUAGGGCACAACAACACAUGUACUGUUAGGGAGUUUUUAGGACUGUCUUUGAUAGUUGCUUUUUAUUUUAUUGGAAUAAUUGUUUUAUUGAGAGCUUUGGCAAGUUGAGUUGUUUUUCUGGUGGUUUUGGGGAGGCUGAGGGGAUGGGUGGUAAAGAGGAAGUCAUUGUUCUAUCCUGAUUGGUUCUGGUAGACAGGCAUUUCACCGCUAGAGAACCCCAGUAUGCAUUUCCCGUGUGUGUGUGUGUGUGUGUGUGUGUGUUAUCGUCCCUUCUAUCAGGAACAGGAAAGUGACUCCUGCAGAGGGAAACCUGCACCAUUAAUAUCCUGGAAUCUAAUGACCGCAUACACACACACAAACACACGCGCACACGCACACAGACACACACACAGACAUACAGAGGAGCAAUGUUUUUAUCCUUUCUCGGUCUCCCAUGUCUCUCUACCUCUCUCUCUCUGUUAUUCAGUCUCAGGAUAGAUGUUUGUGCGAAGGUGAGCGGUGUGGGGAUCCCAGACUCUGUAGGUAAGUAUCUCUGACUGGGGAUGGAGAGCGGGGAGGGAGGGGUUUAUGUAUAAGUUAGUGUUAGAGUUGAUAACUAUAUGAAUGUAUGAAUGCAUUGUUUCCACUGGCUAAUGAUGCUCUGUAGAAUCUAAAAGUGAUCAAGUAGACCAUACCCAGGGUUCCCUCCUGCACACCAGAUGAGAGUACACACACACACACACAUGAUGGGAACAUAUGGAAACCCUCCUCACUCUCUCCCUCCAUCCCCCUCUCUCCACCUCUCCCAGUCCUGAAUGCAGAGCUGCAACUGGAUUGGCUGAAAGGUGUGAGGGGCGGAGUUAAGAGAGUUAAUUUCCUGGAUUCCCAUCAGCCCCAGCACACAGGGGUCCUAAUGCUUGGCCACAACCGUCCACACUCCUGCCUGAACUAUACUGUCUACCUACGAGUAAGUCAAACACACUCUGCUGCCAAAAAAAUUGAUUUGAGUUUCCAAAACAAUUUGAGGCCUCCAUCCUUGCUGUAUUUGGACAAGAUCCUCUCAAAAUAUCUGCCAACUCAGCUGAACCUGUUUUUGGACCAGUUAUUGUGUUAUAGUGAACAAUCGUUCUGUUACAUGGUGUCUCUCUCUCUCUCUGUCCCUUUCAGGGGGAGGAUGAGUUUAGGGAUAAAUUGACUCCCAUCUCAUUGGCUUUGAACUACAGUUUAGCCCCUCCUCCUUCCAACCUGGACCUCCCCCCUGUCCUCAACCACUACAGCAGUACCUUCCUGCAGGAACAGGUGUGUGUGUGGGCUCUCCUUCUCAUCCAAUCAAGACCACUUACAGCAUAUGAGUACCGUUAGACAAGUUAGACUAGACCUAAAUCCCCCCCCCCCUUCCCUCUCCCCAUUUGUCUCUCCCUCUCUACUUUAUUUCUCAGGCGUAUAUUCUGCUGGACUGUGGGGAAGACAACGAGUGUAUUCCAAACCUCCAGCUGUCUGCUAGCAUGUAAGUGUGCACUGUAUGUAACAUGUGUAGCAUAUACGUCAACAUGAAACAGUUACGGUCUCAUUUAAAUACAGUAGUUAAAUAACCUUACUCAUAUAUGGGUGUGUUACACCUUGUGGUGUGUUGUGCCCUGCCCUGUCAAGUGAGGCAUGCUGGGAAGAUUCAGAAAAGUCCUUGUCAACCUGUAAACUUUCAACAUAUGUACAUACUCACACUCACACACAUUCAUAUACACACACAAACAAAGGGUAGGACUGUGUUACUGCAUGCAAGGAGAGAUGUUUACUCUCUGAUUGUUUACAUUAGCAAGUGUGUAGAGAAGCCUGUGUGUGUGUGUGUGUGUGUGUGUGUGUGUGUGUGUGUGUGUGUGUGUGUGUGUGUGUGUGUGUGUGUGUGUGUGUGUGUGUGUGUGUGUGUGUGUGUGUGUGUGUGUGUGUGUGUGUAUGUGUGUGUCUGUGUUUCUGUGUGUGUGUGUGUGUGUGUGUGUGUGUGUGUUUUUCUACUAUUUCCAUCUGUAUGCUAUCGCCAUGGCAGCCCAACACAAACACCCUGUCAUUCUCCGCUGACUGAUACACACACUCCGACCUCUACUAUAUGACAUAGUAUUGACUUGUUUUUUUCUCUCUCCUGCACACACACACACAAACACAGGGACCGUACAGAGCUGGUGGUCGGGGAUGACAACCUGGUCAUGUUGACCAUAAACGCGGUUAACGAAGGAGAGGGGGCAUAUGAGACGGAGCUACACACACUCCUACCCCCUGAGGCUGAUUACAUAGGAGUGGAACGCAGGAUAGAGGUGAGAACACACAUUCACAAACACACUACCACCCCCCACACUACCACCCCCCACACUGGCCCCAACCCUAGCCCAGCUCAAAUAGACCCUACUGCCUUGCUGUCCUCUUUACCAUUGCAUUACAUCCUGUUGAUAACGUCAGGGUUAUUUCUCUAGAGGCUCAGUGUGUCUGUGUGUGUUUGUUGUGUGUGUGUGUGUGUGAGAGAGAGAGGGAGAGGGAGAGAGAGAGAGAGAGAGAGAGAGAGAGAGAGAGAGAGAGGUAAUGAGUGUAUAGUGGGGCCCUAAGAUGGAUGAGGUUGUUACUGUCAGAACAUUCAUCACUCGCUUCCUCUCCUCCCUUCCCCCACCUAUCACCUUCUCUAUUCCUCUUCCACCCUCUCUCUUCUACCGCCUCUCUUCUUGCCUGGCCUCCUUUCCUCUCCAGUCUCUAUCCAGGUUGAACUGUGAGUACAGGAUGGUGAAUGACUCCAGACUGGUGGUGUGUGACCUGGGGAACCCUAUGGUUGCUGGAACAGAAGUAUGUCCAACACACACACAAAUGCAAAGAACAAAAAAUACACACAUGGACAAGCACCCACACUGACCUCCCCCUCUACUUGGAAACAACCACUUCCUGUCCAAACAGGAAGCUGUCAAUCAGAUACAGUGGUGCUGAUUGAUAGUUACCAUGGUGAUUGAUCACCCAGAUACCCCGUGCCCCACUGAGUCCCACACUGACGCUGUCUGUGGGUAUUUCUGCGUUUGUUAAUCCGUUCGCCCCUUGCAUGACACAUCCAGGAAGCACAGGCUUUGUUAAGUAAAGAGUGGUCCCUUCCGACAUGUAACUCUACCCUGUGUUUCUGUAACUGUUUCUGUGUAUGCAUGUGUGUGUGUGUGUGUGUGUGUGUGUGUUUGUCUGUCUGUGUGUGUGUCUCUGUGUGUGUGUGUGUGUGUGUGUGUGUGUGUUUGUGUGUGUAUACGUGGCUACGCAUGCGUGUGUAAGUAUGUGUGUGUGUUGUGAGCCUGAGAGCUGUAUUUGUUAGCUCUAUAAGCGACACACAGCAUUCUGAUAAAUCAAUUAUGUGAUCAGAUUUCACUUCUGGGGCACGGCUUUAGAGGGCUCCAAGGGGUUGAGGAGUGUGUGUGUGUGUGUGUGCGUGCGUGUGUGUGCGUGGACGUCAGCUCUCCUUCAGACCAGAUGUUUCCCAUACAUGCUUACCCUUGCCCCUUUGGACCUGUAGGAAUUCAUGAGCUUUUAUAGAACAUACACACACACACACACAAACACACACACACACACACUUACUAAUCAUGCAACCGGAGUAAUACAGCUUGUAGACCAUUUUGAACGUAUCUUUUUCUCAUUCUAAUCAUUUUUAGUCAAGCCUCUAAAAUAGCAGACUGAGGUGCCUCGCCAGGUUUCUUUAAAAUAAACAGUUGUGUAUUGUCAGCAUUUUUUUGUAUUUUAUUAGGAUCCCCAUUAGCUAGUGCUAAAGCAGCAGCUACUCUUCCUGGGGUCCACAAGCAUAGCAGUGAAAACAGACACUGUUUAUGGGUAACAUUCCAGAAGGCAGGGCCGCCGGAAAAUGUGUGGCGAGGCUGCAUUUGCCACAGCACUUUUCAAUCAGGUGUGGCUGUGCCAGAGCCAUACCACUUUUGAUUUAGUUUAAUAAAAUACAUCUAAGCAAAGCGUUAGAAAGAGGGGCAAAGUACUGUUUUUUAAACCGAUUUUCCUCAUGAUUUGUGAACUCGCGCACAAUUUCUCUGUCUUUCACAUCAGAGUGCUGCUACAGGCUCUUUGCGUGUCUUGACCAAUCAGAUUAAUGGAAAACACAGGUCACGCGGGCCGGGCACAAAGCUCAAGGCGGUCUCCACUUUCCUCCGGUAUUUAUUUAGCAAGCGUGAAAACAUAUCACCUCCGACAGACACAAGCAAAAACUCUUACAUAAAUGUAGCAGCCUUUACACCUAAACAUUAGCGAUCUGACAUGAUGUGUUGCAUGAAAACGAGACUCUUUUUCAGUCUGAUCAACUCUAGGCUACUAACAACAGCAGCAGCAUAGACUAGCCCUGUCCCUCUGGCCGGGGUAAACGAAGCGCUAAAGUUGUGUUUUUAUAGCCCAUUUGUUUGUGAGAAAAUGUGAAUGGUAUCAAAUUUGGUAUAUACAGUGAGGGAAAAAAUUAUUUGAUCCCCUGCUGAUUUUGUACGUUUGCCCUCUAAUAAAGAAAUGAUCAGUCUAUAAUUUUAAUGGUAGGUUUAUUUGAACAGUGAGAGACAGAAUAACAACAAAAAAAUCCAGAAAAAAUCAUGUCAAAAAUGUUAUAGAUUGAUUUGCAUUUUAAUGAGGGAAAUAAGUAUUUGACCCCCUCUCAAUCAGAAAGAUUUCUGGCUCCCAGGUGUCUUUUAUACAGGUAACGAGCUGAGAUUAGGAGCACACUCGUAAAGGGAGUGCUCCUAAUCUCAUCUUGUUACCUGUAUAAAAGACACCUGUCCACAGAAGCAAUCAAUCAAUCAGAUUCCAAACUCUCCACCAUGGCCAAGACCAAAGAGCUCUCCAAUGAUGUCAGGGACAAGAUUGUAGACCUACACAAGGCUGGAAUGGGCUACAAGACCAUUGCCAAGCAGCUUGGUGAGAAGGUGACAACAGUUGGUGCGAUUAUUCGCAAAUGGAAGAAACACAAAAGACCUGUCAAUCUCCCUCGGCCUGGGGCUCCAUGCAAGUACUUACCUUGUAGUUGCAAUGAUCAUGAGAACGGUGAGGAAUCAGCCCAGAACUACACGGGAGGAUCUUGUCAAUGAUCUCAAGGCAGCUGGGACCGUAGUCACCAAGAAAACAAUUGGUAACACACUACGCCGUGAAGGACUGAAAUCCUGCAGUGCCCGCAAGGUCCCCCUGCUCAAGAAAGCACAUAUACAGGGCCAUCUGAAGUUUGCCAAUGAACAUCUGAAUGAUUCAGAGGAGAACUGGGUGAAAGUGUUGUGGUCAGAUGAGACCAAAAUGGAGCUCUUUGGCAUCAACUCAACUCGCCGUGUUUGGAGGAGGAGGAAUGCUGCCUAUGACCCCAAGAACACCAACCCCACAGUCAAACAUGGAGGUGGAAACAUUAUGCUUUGGGGGUGUUUUUCUGCUAAGGGGACAGGACAACUUCACCGCAUCAAAGGGACGAUGGACGGGCCAUGUACCAUCAAAUCUUGGGUGAGAACCUCCUUCCCUCAGCCAGGGCAUUGAAAAUGGGUCGUGGAUGGGUAUUCCAGCAUGACAAUGACCCAAAACACACGGCCAAGGCAACAAAGGAGUGGCUCAAGAAGAAGCACAUUAAGGUCCUGGAGUGGCCUAGCCAGUCUCCAGACCUUAAUCCCAUAGAAAAUCUGUGGAGGGAGCUGAAGGUUCGAGUUGCCAAACGUCAGGCUCGAAACCUUAAUGACUUGGAGAAGAUCUGCAAAGAGGAGUUGGACAAAAUCCCUCCUGAGAUGUGUGCAAACCUGGUGGCCAACUACAAGAAACGUCUGACCUCUGUGAUUGCCAGCAAGGGUUUUGCCACCAAGUACUGUCAUGUUUUGUAGAGGGGUCAAAUACUUAUUUCACUCAUUAAAAUGCAAAUCAAUUUAUAUUUUUUUUACAUACGUUUUUCUGGAUUUUGUUGUUGUUAUUCUGUCUCUCACUGUUCAAAUAAAUCUACCAUUAAAAUUAUAGACUGAUAAUGUCUUUGUCAGUGGGCAAACGUACAAAAUCAGCAGGGGAUCAAAUACUUUUUUCCCUCACUGUAUUAAAACUUGGGCUGACUAAGCUUCCAAUACUUUUUCAAUCCAAAAUUAUUAACUGUAAUUAAUCAAUAAACAUGUGAGUUAAUUUUUUAUUAGUAUUACAGUUGCAUAGAGCAGGACUACAUGAUGCAAACCUGCAUAAAGCAAGCUCAGCACUUUGAGUUUAAUUAAUAUGAAGUACAAGGUUGCUGCAGUUUGACAGGGUUUCAUCCUCCCCAAGGCCAGGAGUUUUUUUAAACCAUGUGACCUGAUUAGAAAAACUUUGGUCCCAUCAUAGCCCAUAUUAAACAGAUUAAUCACAUCAUACCGUAUAAGGUCCGGAGUUUUACCUGGUUAGGUUAGCAUAUCAGGAAAAAACGACGGGCCCCAGAAUUGUUUUUUACGCCACACCAAUCUGGGCCCUGUGGUGCCACCUCAGUCAGACGGUCAGCAUGUAUAAUGUGAACAGAAACGUCCCCUGCACAGAGCCCUGUGGAACACCAUAUAUAGCCUUGGAGCAAUCAGAGGUCUCACUGGCCGGAAAAACUCAUUGAUACCGGUCUGUUAGUUUGGUCGACACCUUCAAUCACUGCUCUUACAUCAAGGAAUGCGAGAACACACACUGUCGAUGGUUGGUCGAUGCAUUCGAUCAUUUCCUUGACAAGCGCUGUCUCUGUACUAUGGUGGGUUCUACAGUAGAUCCAAAUUAGACAGUUUUAUAGUGGUGGUGCGGCUGUUCAGAACAUGGGAGAGAAGCGACAGGAAAUAAAUGUUUUCCAGAUUUGGGGAGAGAGAUAUAUAUAUAUAUAUAUAUAUAUAUUUUUUUUUUAAAUCUUUAUUUAACUAGGCAAGUCAGUUAAGAACAAAUUCUUAUUUACAAUGACGGCCUACACCGGUCAAACCCGGACGACGCUGGGCGAAUUGUGCGCCGCCCUAUGGGACUCCCAAUCACGGCCGGUUGUGAUACAGCCUGGAAUCGAACCAGGGGGUCUGUAGUGACUCCUCAAGCACUGAGAUGCAGUGCCUUAGACCGCUGCGCCACUCUGGAGCCCAUUUGAGUCACUCUGUCUGUCUCUCUCUCUUUCUCUCUCAGCCUGGGGACCUCAGUGAUUUAGACCCAUUUGGUCUUUCUUCGUCUCUUUUGAGUUUUACUGUUUCUCUCUCUGAUGCGCAAUAAAGUCUCUUUGACUUUGGAGACCUAAUGAGUUUCCACCCUCAGGCCUCUCCCUUGUAGUUUUAGCGAGUGUUUUUAAGAGUUUUCCGGCAUUGACUAGUGUCUGACCUGUUGUUCAUUAGAACAUUAUUACACACACACACACACACACACAACACACACCACACAAACACACACACACACACACACAACACACACAACACACACACACAGCACACACAAACGCAAGAAGCCAUUCAUCAUAUUCCAUGGUAAUGAACCUAAGCCCUCCACAUGGUGUGAGUGUUAAGCGAGGUAGGGAGGUUUAAUGGGUCUAAGACUAGGGGGAAGGGAUCGGUCUGCUCAGCCAGAUCUGUACGAUCAUCCAACUGACACACAACCCCAAACAGAUACGUAACCAAUACACCCAGGCCAGUCCUGGUAGUUUUAACAAAGGGGGAGUACAGGGGUUAGAGGGCUCCUUUAACUGAACCUUGCAGUGUCAUGACACAGACUUUGAUGUCUCUCUUGUGUCUCUGUCUCGUCCUCUCCUUUGCUCUUGCCCUCUUCUCUGUGUCUAUGGGCUUGUCCUCUUCUUGUCUCUCUGUUCCUCUCUUCUGUCUCUGUCCCUCUCUUGUCUGCUUGUUCAUUGGUUCUUUUCCCGAUCGUAGGUUAAGGUUUGUGUCCAAGGCGGAGAUGCCGGUCCUCACAUUGUCUUUGACCUCAGACCAGGUGUACACACAACGAACACAUGCAAAUCAUAACAGCGCAAAUACACACCACACACACACACACACCACAACACCACCCCACCCCACCACUUUUGAUUUUAGUUUAAUAAAAUACAUCUACGCAAAGCGUUAGAAAGAGGGGCAAAGUGCUGUUUUUAGACUGACUUUCCUCAUGAUUUGUGAACUCGCGUACAAUUUCUCAAUCUUUCACAUCAGAGUGCUGCUACAGGCUCUUUGCGUGUCUUGACCAAUCAGAUUAAUGGAAAACACAGGUCAGGCGGGCCGGGCACAAAGCUCAAGGCGGUCUCUACUUUCCUCCGGUAUUUAUUUAGCAAGCGUGAUAACACAUCACUCCCGACAGACACAAGCAAAAACUCUUACAUAAAUGUAGCAGCCUUUACACCUAAACAUUAGCGAUCUGACAUGAUGUGUUGCAUGAAAAACGAGACUAUUUUUCAGUCUGAUCAACUGUAGGCUACUAACAACAGCAGCUGCAUAAUCUAGCCUACUAUGCGCUCUGUUCCUCUGGCCAGGGUAAACGAAGCGGUAACGUUGUGUUUUUAUAGCCCAUUUGUUUGUGAGAAAAUGUGAAUGGGAUCAAAUUUGGUAUAUAUUCAAACUUGGGCUGACUAAGCUAUCUAGACUUUUUCAAUCCAAAAUUAUUGACUGUAAUUGAUCAAUAAACACAAUAGCUGUCAUUGACUGUGAGUAAAUGUUUUAUUAGUAUUACAGUUGCAUAGAGCAGGACGACAUGAUGCAAACCUGCAUAAAGCAAGCUCAGCCCUGUGAGUUUAAUUCAUAUGAACAAGUACAAGGUUGCUGCAGUUUGACAGGGUUUUCAUCCUCCCCAAGGCCAGGAGUUUUUAAAAACCAUAUGACCUGAUUAGAAAAACUCUGGUCCCAUCAUAGGCCAUAUUAAACAGAUUAAUCACAUCAUACCGUAUAAGGUUCGGAGUUUUACCUGGUUAGGUUACCAUAUCAGGAAAAACGACGGGCCCCAGAAUGUUGUUUUUUUUUUUUUUUCCGCCACACCACUCUGGGCCCUGUGGUGCCACCUCUGCCAGACGGUCAGCAUGUAUAAUGUGAACAGAAACGGCCCCUGCACAGAGCCCUGUGGAACACCAUACAUAGCCUUGGAGCAAUCAGAGGUCUCACUGGCCAGAAAAAACGAAUUGAUACGUGUCUGUUAGUUUGGUCGACACCGUCAAUCACUGCUCUACAUCAAGGAAUGCGAGAACAGACACAGAGCCACGGUCGAUGGUUGGUCGAUGCAUUCAAUCAUUUCCUUGACAAGCGCUGUCUCUGUACUAUGGUGGGUUCUACAGUAGAUCCAAAUUAGACAGUUUUAUAGUGGUGGUGCGGCUGUUCAGAACAUGGGAGAGAAGCGACAGGAAAUAAAUGUUUUCCAGAUUUGGGGAGAGAUAUAUAUAUAUAUAUUUAUUUAUCUUUAUUUAACUAGGCAAGUCAGUUAAGAACAAAUUCUUAUUUACAAUGACGGCCUACACCGGCCAAACCCGGACGACGCUGGGCCAAUUGUGCGCCGCCCUAUGGGACUCCCAAUCACAGCCGGUUGUGAUACAGCCUGGAAUCGAACCAGGGGGUCUGUAGUGACUCCUCAAGCACUGAGAUGCAGUGCCUUAGACCGCUGCGCCACUCGGGAGCCCAUUUGGGUUACUCUGUCUGUCUCUCUCUCUUUCUCUCAGCCUGGGGACCUCAGUGAUUUAGACCCAUUUGGUCUUUCUUCGUCUCUGUUGAGUUUUACUGUUUCUCUCUCUGAUGCGCAAUAAAGUCUCUUUGACUUUGGAGACCUAAUGAGUUUCCACCCUCAGGCCUCUCCCUUCUAGUUUUAGCCCAGUGUUUAAGAGUUUCCGGCAUUGACUAGUGUCUGACCUGUUGUUCAUUAGAACAUUAUUACACACACACACACACACACACAAAUGCAAGAAGCCAUUAUCAUACUCAUGGUAAUGAACUAAGCCCUCCACAUGGUGUGAGUUAAGCGAGGGUAGAGGGGGGUUUAACUGGGGUCUAAAGACUAGAGGGGAAGGGAUCUGGUCUGUCUCAGCCCACAGAUCUGUACUGAUCCUCCAACUGACACACACACACAAUACAGAUACGUAACCCAGAUACACACACCAUGGCCAGGUCCUGGUUAGUUUUAACAAAGGGAGACUGUACAGGGGGUUAGAAGGCUGCUCGCUUUAACUGAACACUUGCAGAUGUCACUGACACAGACUUUGAUUCGUCUCUCUCUGUGUCUCUGUCUCUGUCCCUCUCUCUUUGUCUGUCUUUGUUUCACUGUGUCUGUCUCCAGGUAUCUGUAGGUUUAAGGUUUGCUGUCCAAAGGCUGGAUGAUGCCGGUCCUCACAUUGUCUUUGACCUACAGAUCCACAGGUGACACACACACACGCAAACACAUGCAAAUACAUACACACGCGCAAAUACACACACACACACACACUGCUGAAGAGCUGUGACACACAUAACUGUAAAAAAGGAACCUUUAUCAGAUUUCUGUGGCUUUUCCAAACAAAGAGUAUUGAGACAGACGACCGGAGGAAAACAGACGAGACAAAACAUUGACUGUUCACCUCGCCACACACACACGCUCACUCACUCAUUUACUCACACACGCGCACACACACAUGCACACACACCAUACAUCAACAGGCCAUGGUGCAGACUCUACAUCCAAACAUCUUUACUGACUCAUGUGUGUCUCUUAUAUUACAGUUCAAACAAAGACAACUCCAAGAGCAACCCAGUCAGUCUGUCUCUCUCCAUCUCUGCCAGAGCUCAGCUAGACCUGAGGGGGUGAGUGACACAUCUCUGUUCUGGUUGAUCUUUUCUCUAACCCUGUGACAGUAGAAUAUCUUUGCUGUGUUUGAUGCACGUUGUUGUCCUACAGGUGAGACAGACUCAUCUAGUUUGCUGUAUUUCUGUUGCUCAGUGUGGUUGUGUCUGUGUAUGUUUCUAUGAAUAGAUCUCAGCUAAUCAUGCACACAUGCUUCGUCACACACACACACGCUUGCACACACACACACACACACACACACACACACAUGUUUGUUUUACUAUCCUUGUGGGGAACAAAACAUUAAUUCCCAUUCAAAAUCCUAUUUUACCUUACCCUUAACCUAACCCUAACCUUAACGCUAACCUUAACCCCUAACCCUAAAACUAAACCUUACCCUAACUCCUAACCCUAAACCUAACCCCUAAUGCUAAUUCUAACCCUUCCCCCCCCCCCCCCCAAACACACAAACAUACUUCAAAGCCUGGGACCCCAGAGUGACUUGGCUGGGUCUAAGGCAGUUGUAGACACAAACAGACAGUGAUCCGUGGGGGGCUGUGGGUGUGGGGGGCUGGAGGGCUGGAGGUUAAGGUCCAACCGGCGUUGGAUAAGUUGUGUUUGGCAGCAGAGUGGUGAGUGGCUUGGUGUUCGCCCUCUCUCUCACUCUUCUCACUUUCUUUCUUUCUUUCUUUCUUUCUCUAUCGCUCCUCUUUUUCUUUCUUUCUCUCUCCCCCUCCUCUCUCCCAUCUCUCUCUCUAUCUCUCUCCCUUUCCAGGGUGUGUCAUCCCUCUCAGGUGGUUCUUCCGUUUCCUCACUGGGAGCCCAAGGAAAAGCCGGUCAAAGAGGAAGACGUAGGACCCCAGGUCACACACAUCUACGAGGUACAUGCACACACAGUAAAAGCAGUAGCCCUGUAAGCGCUGGGUGUCUGAUCAAAGCCUCCUGCACAGUGGUAAUGGUAAUUACUGUCAUAAAGGAAGAGAGAGAGGGGGGUGGAGGGAUAAGAGGGGGGAUCAGACAUACGUGUGUGUGUGUGUGUGUGUGUGUGUGUGUGUGUGUGUGUGUGUGUGUGUGUGUGUGUGUGUGUGUGUGUGUGUGUGUGUGUGUAUGUGUGUGUGUGUGUUGAAGCUGCAGUGAAGGGGGACCUCUGCUGGAUGUCUGCAGGGUUUGGGGCUGCAGUGCUCCUGUCCUGCAGUCUGUCCAGCUGGUUAUAGUUAGGGACGCCAGAGUUACUCUCUCCGAGAAUUCCUGUCUGGAGCACUGGGACCAUGUCCUGUUUGGGUGACUCACCAUCACCACCCUCAGAAUUAAUGAGUGUGUGGAGGGAAAGGGGCUAAACUAAGUGGCUUGGUGUUCUCAUUCUCUCUCUUUCUCUCUCUGUCUCGCUCUCUCUCCCCUCUCUCUCUCCCUCUCUCUCUCCCUCUCCUCUCUCUACUCACCCCCUCUUUCUCUUCCUCUCAUCUCUCUGUCUCUCCUCUCUCUCCUCUCCCUCUUACUGUCUCAGCUCCAUAACUCAGGUCCCAGUAGUAUCCGGGAGGCGGAGCUCCAGGUGGGCUGGCCCUCUCGUUUCCGUGACGAACACCUGCUCUACGCUCUGGAGGUUCUAACAGACGGACCAAUCAGCUGCAGGAGCAACACCAGCCUCAACCCCCUGGGCCUACAGGUAACACAACCACACCUCCUGCUGAGACUGGACACUGGACACCGUACUCAUACACUCACUAAUGUUAUAUAUUUAUUGGCCUGUAUUGGUCUUCCAUUGCUUUAGAAACAAUGGCAUAAAUGCUUUUGUGAAAUUACAGCUCAGUUAGAUCAAAGUGUACUGACCCAAUCUAGCAUUGGUGCAGCUCGUUUCUUCUCAUAAUAAAAUAGGGUAACAGGAUGUCAUCUACCGUCUGGUUUGUGUUUAUGAUGAUGACUGAUGAAUGUGCUUUAAUGAUGACAGGACAAAGUCACUUUACUCAUUCCAUGUUUAUUGAAGACUGUAGGAAGAUGGAGAGGGACUAUUAGAGUAGCCCAUAGGAGGGUUGGUGGUGAAGAGCAGGAUGCCAGUAAAGACAAUGUGGUUGUAGUUGUCAUCAUACAGCCCCCAGCCCUUAGGAACCCUUAAGUAUACCAGAUCAUCUUUCUCUAGCUCCAGAGCCACGGCACCUGUUAUGUACUCAUAACCUCCAUGGAAGUUGUCCUGGACGUUGUAUAUCAUUUGCUCUCCAUUUUUGACCAAGUAAACACCCAUUUUCUGUCCAGGCUCUCGGCCCAUGGAGGUGAAUGUGAAGUUGUAGAGUCCUUUCACUGGUGCUGAGAACAUACCUGUAUCAGAGGGGAAGCAGGGAGAGAUCAGCACUAUCCGUCUCUCUUAGACACUGGAGCAGCCUGUUAGUGGUUGGGGUCUGUGCCUGUAGCUGGUCCCUGUGGACACCACAGGCGCCCGGUGGCACCUUAAUUGGGGAGGACGGGCUCAUACUAAUGGCUGGAAUGGAAUUAAUGGAAUGGUAUCGAACACAUCAAAUACAUGGUUUCCAUGUGUUUGAUACCAUUCCAUUCAUACCAUUCCAGACAUUAUUCUGUAGCUCAGCUGGUAGAGCACGGCGCUUGUAACGCCAAGGUAGUGGGUUCGAUCCCCGGGACCACCCAUACACAAAAAAUGUAUGCACGCAUGACUGUAAGUCGCUUUGGAUAAAAGCGUCUGCUAAAUAGCAUAUUAUUUGUAUUAUUAUUUUAUUAUUAUGAGCCAUCCUCCCCUCAGCAGCCUGGAGAUAGUGAGUUUAUGUUUAUAUAUUUAUCUGGGUUGUAGAUGUAUUGCUGUGUGAGUGAACCUGUAGUAUUGUUACUGUGUACGUUUCAUCCGUAGUAUUGUUGCCGUAAGCUGUACCUGAGUUUGGGUCGUAACCGUUGUCGAUGUUGGUGAAUACUUUUUCAUAGACCAGAGUGAUCUCAGUUUGAAAGGGUCCCACAUAUCCUGAGUCAGUCAAACCAACAGAAAAGGCCACCUUUCUUCUGUCUGCGAACACAUGAGAAUGAAUUCAAUCAAGCCCACCGUAAUGUCUAAAAUGUCUUCAUUUCAUACCACACUUUGGGGGUUGAUUGAAUUGAUCUGUUCUUACCUAGCCUCAGUUCCUCCACCUGGCUCUCAGUGACACUCAAUCUUGCCUCCAGGGCUGAAAUAGCAAGAAAAUAAUAUCUUAAUAAACUGAUACUCUGAGGUAGCUUUGUUGUCAUUGCUGUGCUUAGAUACAUCCUGAUUAGAUCAAUUAGAUCAAUCAGUGGUUCAGGAGAGUGAUUGUGGCCUAGAUCUUAUUAGUGCUGGAUAGUUACCUGCAUUCUCUUUCUCCAGCUCUGUUACUUGCCUCUCACUGGUUCUCCCCAAGGCUAACAGUUCUGCUGCUUGGGCUGAAAUCGUGCACGUCAAUAUCCAGAGGUGUUCAUCUUUUUCAUAACAAUUGACAACUUAUUACCUGCAUUAUCUUUCUUCAGCUCUACCACCUGGCUCUCACUGGUUGUCACUCUGGUCCCCAAGUCUGACAGUUCUGCUGCUUGGGCUGGAAUUAUAGAAAUGUUGCAGAGAGGCAAUAGACAAUAUCCAGAGCAAUUCAUUUUUCUAUUGAACAAAUGAUUUACUUUUUCAAAGUUCAUUAUUACAUCCAUUCUCUUUCUUCAGUUCCUCCAGCUUGCUCUCACUGGCUGUCACUCUGUUCCUCAAGGCUAACACAAGUGCAUUUCCAGAAAUGUUAAUCUUUCUAGUGACUAAUUUAACUCAAUCUUUUUCAAAUUGUCUGUCAAUCUUUUUCAAAUUGCUUAUCAUCAUUACCUGCUCUUCCACCUGGCUCUCACUGGCUGUCACUCUGGCCUCCAGGGCUAGAAGAUAAUUUAUGCAAGAAAAUAAUUUAGGAUGAAAAUGAUCAACAAUGAUGUAGCUUUAUCAUAUCCUGAAAUAAGCUGAAUCAUGUUAAAGUGAGACCUAUACAUAGUAGUUCUUAUAAGUAAAGACAUAUAGUCACCUGUGUUCGUUCCUUUCAGUUCUGCCACAUGACUCUCACUGGCUGUCACUCUAGCCUCCAGGGCUAGAAAAUAAUGCAUGCAAGAAAACUAUCAACUGUGAUGUAGCUUUGUUACAUCACUUUGCUUUAUCACAUCCUAACAUUAGCUGAAUCAUGUUCAGGCAUACAUGUAGUAGCUCUUAUAAGUAAAACAUUUUAGUCACCUGCAUUCUUUCCCAUCAGCUCUGCCACCUGGCUCUCACUGGCUGUCACUCUGGCCUCCAGGGCUAUAAGAUCAUUUAUGCAAGAAAAUUAUUUAUGAUGAAAAUUAUAAACCAUUAUGUAGCUUUCUUACAUCGCUUUGGUUUCUCAUUUCUUGAAAUGAGCUGAAUGUUAUUAUGUUCAGGUGAGGAAUACAUGUAGUCGUUCUUAUAAGUGAAACAUUUUAGUCACCUGCAUUCUCUUUCUUCAGUUCUGCCACCUGCCUGUCGCUGGCCGUCACUCUGGUGUCCAGGGCUGAAAUAGUAAAAAAUAAUUAAAAGUAAACAUUGUUAGUAAACACACACUUUUGCACAAAAUAUCUUACCUGCAUUUUCUUUCUUCAGUUCAGCUACCUGACGCUCACUGGUUGUCACUCUGUUCUUCAAGUCUGACAGUUCUGCUGCUUGGGCUGAAAUUAUAUAAAUAUUGUAGAGAGGCAAUAGACAAUAUCCAGAGCUGUGAUUUUUUCUAUUGAGUAAAUUAUUAACUCAAUAGUUUUUCAAAACACUUCUUGUUAUUACCUGCAUUGUCUUUCUUCAGUUCUGCCACCUGGCUCUGAAGGGUUGUCACUAAGCUACCGAAGGAUAACAAUUCUGCUGCUUGGUCUGGGAUCAUAUGAGUCAAUAUCCAAAGUUGUUCAUCUUUCUAGGCAAUUAAUUGUUCACUGAAUUAUUUUCAAUUCACAUGUCAUCAUUACCUGCAUUAUUUUUCUCCAGCUCUGCCACCUGGCUCUCAAUGGCUGUCAAUCUGGCCUCUAGGGCUAGAAAAUAAUUUAUGCAGGAACAUCAUUUAUGAUCAAAAAAGGUUCAACCAAGAUGUAGCUUUAUCAUAUCCUGAAAUAAGCUGAAUCAUGUUAAAGUGAGACCUAUACAUAGUAGUUCUUAUAAGUAAAUUAUAUAAAUAUAGUAGAUGAUAUGCAAUAUUCAGAGCUGUUUCUAUUGAGAAAAUGAACUCAAUAUUAUUUUCAAAACACAUCUCGUUAUUACCUGCAUUCUGUUUAUUCAUGUCUUCCACCUGGCUCUCACUGGCUGUCACUCUGGCCUCCAGGGCUAUAAUUGUUUAAUGAUAAAAACAAUAAACCCUGAUAUAGCUUUGUUACAUGACUUUGCUUUUCACAUCCUGAAAUGAGCUGAAUCAUGUUCAGGUGAAGAAUAUACAGUAUGUAGUAGGCAGCUGCAUUCUUUCCCUUCAGAUCCUUCAGUUGGCUCUCAUUGGCUGUCACUCUGGCCUCCAGGGCUGAAGUAGUAUGAAAGUAAUUAACAGUAAAUUAACAGAAAAACACACGCUUGCACAAUAUACGUAGCUUAUCUUACUAUGCCUGCAUUCCCUUUCUUCAGUUCUGCCACUCUGGCCUCCAAGACUAAAAUUAUAGAGUUGGAAAAUGUAGAAUGCUGUAUUAGUUCCAAGUGUUAUUUACUGUCAGAAUACAUGAGGGUGAAGUUGAUAUUUUACCUGCAUUCUCUUUCUUCACUUCGUCCACCUGGCUCUCACUGGCUGUCACUCUGGCCUCCAGGGCUGAAAUAGCAUGAAAAUAAACAUUGCUGAACGUAUCAACCAUUACUGUUUUUGUGACCAAAUUAUAUAUUUGUAGUUUUUUAUUUCAAAUUAUACGUUUAUAAAACUUGUACCCGUAGGCUGCGACUCAACAACAACAAAAACAGUAAGAAAUACAUACAGAGUUUAACAAUAAAUAGUAAAUUCAGUAUAAACAGGAAAAGAAAAAAGAAAUAGGCCUCCCCAACUUCCCAUCCCAUUCCCCCAGCCAACAUGUCUCCAUACAACCCACCCUACCCCCAUGUUUCCCACCCCUUCCCAACCCCCCCCCCCAGCACACAUACAAUUAUCCCUCAAUCGAGUAAUGAAUUUCAAGCACAGAUUCAACCACAAAGACCAGGGAGGUUGUUCAAUGCCUCGCAGAGAAGGGCACCGAUUGGUAGAUGUGUAAAAAUAAGAAAAGCAGACUGAAUAUCCCUUUGAGCAUGGUGAAGUUAUUAAUUAGGCUUUGGGUGGUGUAUCAAUACAUCCAGUCACUACAAAGAUACAGGCGUCCUUCUUAACUCAGUUGCAGGAGAGGAAGGAAACCCCUCAGGGCCAAUGAUGAUUGUAAAACAGUUACAGAGUUUAAUGGUUGUGAUAUGAGAAAACUGAAGAUGGAUCAACAACAUUGUAGUUCCUCCACAAUACUAAGCUAAAUGACAGAGUGAAAAGAAGGAAGCCUGUGCAGAAUAGCCUGUGCAGAAUUCCUAAACCUGCACCCUUUUUGCAACAAGGCACUUAAGUAAUACUGCAAAGAAUAUGGCAAAGAAAUUAACAUUUUGUCCUGGAUACAAAUCUACACUGUAGUUGCUUACCAAGACGACAUUGAAUGUCUAGUUACAGUUUUGACUUAAAUCAGUUUGAAAAUCUAUGGCAAGACUUGAAAAUGGCUGUCUAGCUAUGAUCAACAAUCAACUUGACAGAGCUUGACGAAUUAAACAAAUUAUAAUGUGCAAAUAUUGUACAAUCCAGGUGUGCAAAGCUCUUAGAGACUUACCCAAAAAGACUCACAGCUGUAAUCACUGCCAAAGGUGCUUCUACAAAGUAUUGACUCAUGGGUGUGAAUACUUAUGUAAAUUACAUAUUUCUGUAUUUCAAUUUCAAUAAAUUAGCUAAAAUGUCUAAUGUCAUUAUGGGGUAUUGUGUGUAGAUGGGUGAGGGGAAAAAAUAUUUUAUCCAUUUUGAAUUCAGGCUUUAACACAACAAAAUGUGGACUAAGUCAAGGGGUAUGAAUACUUUCUGAAGGCACUUAUAUAGCACCAUUCAUUUUCGUUGUCGAUAAUUCUCAUGUUAUAACUUCUAGUCGUAAUUGUAUCCACUGGCGAAUUGGGAGAGAGUGAAGAGACAAGCAUAUAUUUUUUAACCACAAUGUGACAUAUAGCUUUUUAAAUCUUUCUAGUGAAUUAUUUAUGAAUCAAAUAUUUUUCAUCACAAUUCACACCUCAUUAUUACCUGCAUUCUGUCUCUUCAGUUCAUCCACCUGGCUCUCACUGUCUGUCACUCUGUUUUCCAGGGCUGAAAUAGCAUGAAAAUAUGUAGCUGAGAUCUAGCUAAAACAAUGCUUUAUUUAUUUCUCCCUGAAAUUAGCUAUGCUCAUCUGAGGCACAGUAGUUCUUAUAAAGUCUACCUUUAAAGAAAGAUGGGAACCCCUGUAUUAAGCAAUCCCUUUGCGGUAACUCUGGGCUGAAAUCAUAAGGACAUUUGUCUUGGACAUUAUCAUAAGAUGUCCAGCAAAAUCCACAGCUGUACAUUUAUGAUUGAGCUAAUUAACUAAAUCGUAUUCUGUAAAAUUAGCAUUUUGUUAUUACCUUGGUUCUAGAUCUGUAAAUCGAACGUCAGUAUUACAUUGGCACUCAGUCUGUCAUCUACAGUGAGGGAAAAAAGUAUUUGAUCCCCUGUUGAUUUUGUACAUUUGCCCACUGACAAAGACAUGAUCAGUCUAUAAUUUUAAUGGUAGGUUUAUUUGAACAGUGAGAGACAGAAUAACAAAACAAAAAUCAAGAAAAACGCAUGUCAAAAAUGUUAUAAAUUGAUUUGCAUUUUAAUUAGGGAAAUAAGUAUUUGACCCCUCUGCAAAACAUGACUUAGUACUUGGUGGCAAAACCCUUGUUGGCAAUCACAGAGGUCAGACGUUUCUUGUAGUUGGCCACCAGUUUUGCACACAUCUCAGGAGGGAUUUUGUUCCACUCCUCUUUGCAGAUCUUCUCCAAGUCAUUAAGGUUUCGAGGCUGACGUUUGGCAACUCAAACCUUCAGCUCCCUCCACAGAUUUUCUAUGGGAUUAAGGUCUGGAGACUGGCUAGGCCACUCCAGGACCUUAAUGUGCUUCUUCUUGAGCCACUCCUUUGUUGCCUUGGCCGUGUGUUUUGGGUCAUUGUCAUGCUGGAAUACCCAUCCACGACCCAUUUUCAAUGCCCUGGCUGAGGGAAGGAGGUUCUCACCCAAAAUUUGACGGUACAUGGCCCCGUCCAUCGUCCCUUUGAUGCGGUGAAGUUGUCCUGUCCCCUUAGCAGAAAAACACCCCCAAAGCAUAAUGUUUCCACCUCUAUGUUUGACGGUGGGGAUGGUGUUCUUGGGGUCAUAGGCAGCAUUCCUCCUCCUCCAAACACGGCGAGUUGAGUUGAUGCCAAAGAGCUCGAUUUUGGUCUCAUCUGACUACAACACUUUCACCCAGUUCUCCUCUGAAUCAUUCAGAUGUUCAUUGGCAAACUUCAGACGGGCCUGUAUAUGUGCUUUCUUGAGCAGGGGGACCUUGCGGGCGCUGCAGGAUUUCAGUCCUUCACGGCGUAGUGUGUUACCAAUUGUUUUCUUGGUGACUAUGGUCCCAGCUGCCUUGAGAUCAUUGACAAGAUCCUCCCGUGUAAUUCUGGGCUGAUUCCUCACCGUUCUCAUGAUCAUUGCAACUCCACAAGGUGAGAUCUUGCAUGGAGCCCCAGGCCGAGGGAGAUUGACAGUUCUUUUGUGUUUCUUCCAUUUGCAAAUAAUCGCACCAACUGUUGUCACCUUCUCACCAAGCUGCUUGGCGAUGGUCUUGUAGCCCAUUCCAGCCUUGUGUAGGUCUACAAUCUUGUCCCUGACAUCCUUGGAGAGCUCUUUGGUCUUGGCCAUGGUGGAGAGUUUGGAAUCUGAUUGAUUGAUUGCUUCUGUGGACAGGUGUCUUUUAUACAGGUAACAAACUGAGAUUAGGAGCACUCCCUAAUCUCAGCUCGUUACCUGUAUAAAAGACACCUGGGAGCCAGAAAUCUUUCUGAUUGAGAGGGGGUCAAAUACUUAUUUCCCUCAUUAAAAUGCAAAUCAAUUUAUAACAUUUUUGACAUGCGUUUUUCUGGAUUUUUUUGUUGUUAUUCUGUCUCUCACUGUUCAAAUAAACCUACCCUUAAAAUUAUAGACUGAUCAUUUCUUUGUCGGUGGGCAAACGUACAACGUACAAACGUACAGGGCGGCAGGUAGCUUAGUGGUUAAGAGCGUUGUGCCAGUAACCGAAAGGUCGCUGGUUCUAAUCCCCUGGCCGACUAGGUGAAAAAUCUGUCGAUGUACCCUUGAGCAAGGUACUUAACCCUAAUUGCUCAUGUAAGUCGCUCUGGAUAAGAGCGUCUGCUAAAUGAGUAAAAUGUAAUGUGUAAUGUAAAAAUGUACAAAAUCAGCAGGGGAUCAAAUACUUUUUUCCCUCACUGUAGGUCUGUCAGUUCUGCUGCUUGAGCUUUAAUGAUAACGAUAUACUGUAGCCUAUGUAUGUAUCAUCAAUAUCAGCAGCUGACUUUUCUAUUGAGUGACUUAUUAUCUAAAUCCAUUUAAGAAAUGACAUCUAAUGAUGAUUAUAUGUGUUCUUUGUCUUCAGCUUGACCACCCUGUCCCCCAGGACUGAAAUAGCAUGAACAUAAAUGGCCAAACUUAUCAAUCAAUACAGAAUGAGAUUUAAACAAGCACUACUUAUUUUCACAAUGUGAUCGGUUUCAUUACCUGUGUUAUUACAGUAGGCUACCUUUGUUUUUUCUCUGUCUAUAUGUGCAUUAUUACAGUACCUGCAUUCUUCUUCUCCAACUUCUCUACUUGUGUCUUUGUGUUGUUCAGCAUGAGUCUCAGCUCAUCCCAGACAGCAUCUAUGGUAGUGAAUAGAAUGUUCUGGUCAAUCUGAUCAAUCCUUCCUUUACUCUCUCCCUCAGCCCAGGCCCCAGACAGAUAUAACAUCAGCACCAGCAUAGCUAUGACACCCCUCAUUUUGAAUGAUGCCUCAGUUCAAUAGUAAUGAGUCUCAGUACCAGCAAAAAGAAAGGGAAAAAGCAGAAUGGGGAAUCUUUAUAGACACGCGUCAACAAGAACUAGCCCACUACGUGAGAAAUCAACACGUGGUGGAUGUAAAAAUAGCACCAAUGACAUCUGAUCAAACAGUAAGAGAACCAGAGGGACCCUGAAACACUGGGUUGUUUAGUCUCUUCUUUUUCCACAAUGUAGAAAACUAACAAGGUUGCUGAUCAGGCUACUAGACAGUGUGUCAAUUACAAUGUGUAGGCCUAUGUGUGCCUUGCAAAAGUAUUCAUACCCCUUGGACUUCUUCAUAUUUCAUUGUGUUACAAAGUGGGAUUCAAAUGGAUUUCAUUGUUAUUUUUUUGUCAACAAUCUACACAAAAUACUGUUUUUUUUUUAAAAGUUUAAAAAAAAUUAUUAAUACAAAUUAGAUGACUAACAUAGUCGUUGCAUAAGUAUACAGCCACUUUGUUUAGGCAAGCCUAAAUUAGUUUAGGAGUAAAAUUUGGCUUAAGAAAUCACAUAAUAAGUUAAAUGGGUAUGAAUACUUAACAAGGCACUGUAUGUGUGUACCUGUGGUGUUUUGUGUUUGGACGGUUGGUCGGUCUUAUAAGUGGUAUGUAAUACGGUGACUUAAUUUUCUCGCCUCUCUCUCUCUCUCUCUCUCUCUCUCUCUCUCUCUCUCUCUCUCUCUCUCUCUCUCUCUCUCUCUCUCUCUCUCUCUCUCUCUCUCUCUCUCUCUCUCUCUCUCUCUCUCUCUCUCUAUCUAUCAGACCUCCUCUGUCCAGGACACUCCAGAAUUGUUGGGCUUUCUGAGGAACAGUAGCUCUCCUCACCGCUACAGACGAGCCACCAGCGUUGCCCAGCCCUACAGCAGCAAGACCCUGGUACUUACAAUAUGUGCCCUUCAUUAUCAGCAGCCUUCGAUUUCACUGUCAGCUUGUUUGGUAUUACUAUACAGCAGCAGUCUUGGAAUGUAUAUGAACUAUCUCUCUCUGUCUCUCCCUGUCUCUGUAGAACUGCAGUAACAUCAUUUGUCUAAGAGUGCUGUGUGUGGUUGGGCGGUUGGACCGUGGUCAGAGCGCUGUAGUCAAGAUCCGCUCCCGACUCUGGGCUCACACCUUCCUCCAGGUGAGCACACAAACAUAAACCCAAACUGAUGUGCUACUGCUAGUAUUAGUAUUAUUGUAUGUAUUAAUGUUAUCAUUAGUAUUAAGAAAUAAUGUAUCUAUAACAUAUAUACACCUUGCAGAGACGUAACGACCCAUACCUCCUCAACUCCACCGUGUCCUUCAGAGUGACAGCACUGCCCUACCGCCUCCAGCCCUCCUCCUUACCCCAACACACCACUUCAGUAAGAUACCCCUAACACUAACCCAAACCCUGCCCUACCGCCUCCCGCCUCCAGUCCUCCUCCUUACCCCAACACACCACUUCAGUAAGAUACCCCUAACACUAACCCAAACCCUGCCCUACCGCCUCCAGUCCUCCUCCUCACCCCAACACACCACUUCAGUAAGAUACUAACAUUGCUGAUUACAUAUAGUAAUAAAGUGGUAACUAUUCCAACGUUGGGAUUUGCAUAGGCUCUUGAGGAACUCAUACACCUCUGUAAGCUACAAAACUGUCAGUGUUCAACCUUAACUUGUGAUGACAAUACAACAGAACAGAUGAACAGGAAUUACGUUUACCCCCACGGGUGGCCUAAACAUAUCUAUCUGAAAGCCUAGCCCCUACUAAGCCACGCCUCCAUUGAAACAUUAAAGGUUCGUACAAGAACCCCUCUACUAACUAAAGGUGCAAAUAUGUACCACUGACUAUCAAUGGUUCCUCAAGGAACUCCAGGGUUCCUAGAGUCACCACUGAUUCUAAGAGUGUACCCUGCCCUACCACCUCCAGCCCUCCUCCUUACCGCAACACACCACUUCAGUAAGAUGUGACAUCAACCCUAACUAACACCUACAAUAACUCUUACCCUGAACCCCACCCAGCCUGUAACUAACUGAUUGUGCGUGUGUUGUAGAUGGGUACAUUGGUGCUGUGGGGGACUCCUGAUGUGGCGUUUGCUGUUCCUCUAUGGGUCAUCAUCCUGGCCAUCCUACUGGGACUGCUGGUCCUGGCCAUGCUAACACUGGCCAUGUGGAAGGUACACACACACACACACAUAUACACUCACACAAAUAUACACACACACACAUAUAUACACACACACACACAUAUACACACACACAAGGACUUUAGUAUAACUUAACCCUCUCUUCCUCAGUGUGGGUUCUUUGACCGGGCACGGCCGCCAGCGGAUGACGUGUCGGACCGUGAGCAGUUGACUUCUGACCAAUCAGCAGACGCCUAAGAACGCCCACUGGCGCCAUGGAGAUCGGUUCCUGAUUCGAGGAAGCUGUUUGGGAGCAGUUCCACAUCCUGAGUGACUUAAAUUAAUUAAACUGAAAUGAGAUCUGCAGGCAGGCUGCAAAUUUACAGACCAAAGGCUCUUUACCCCCUUUAAAGCUGAUCUGACAUCAGUGAGUGGAUUGCAAACUCACAGACCAAAGGCUCUUUACCCCCUUUAGAGCUGAUCUGACAUCAGUGAGCGGACUGCAAACUC